UCCAGGGAAAUGCCAAGCGUAUGGGAGUGGCCGGAACUCAAGGCCUUUGCGGAGAAGUUCAACAUGAAAACAGUAUGGAUGAACUACAGGGGUUGCGCUGUGGGAAGAAUGAGAAGGGCAUUGAGCCGCUUGCUGCAGUCCUGAAGUUCAACGUUCAGAAGAAGUUCAACGUGCUGGUCAAGUUCCACAUUGCGGUGGAGGUGACAGCCCUAAAGAAUGUCUUCCAGGUUCAGGUGCUCAUGGUGAAAAGGUUCAUGAAGGCCCUGUCGAACCUGUUCCGUCAAAAAAUGAUGGAUGUGAUGAUGAAAAAGAUGGUGGAAAACCAGGUGAUGCUCUUCCAGCUGACCCUCUUGCUCCGCUACCAGAAUUGGGGGGAGAUGUCCCAGACCCUGAAGAACAUGAAGGAGAAGAUGGGGGGUUCAGUGAAGAUCAGAAAAAACUGGGGGAGUGAUCAGGUCGAGCCUCCAAAACCGAUGGAUGAAACCAAAAGAGAUGGCCCUGACUCAGUGUCAGCGGAAGGGAGGUUAGGUAUUGAAGGUCAGGUUCCAGGCUCCGUGCCCGCGGAAGGAGGGGAUGGUGAAGGAUCACAAUAUGAGCCUAGCAUCUAUGAAGGUGAUGAGCAUGUGGAGCGCAUGGAAGAGGUGGAGAACCCUGACGUGAAUGACAUUUGGGGGGAGGCCCAUGGUCCGGGGGAGCCCUCUGCUCUUCGAGCUCUUCAUGGCUGGAGCGACUUUGGAAUCUAUGUCGUCUUCAAGUUCAACAUUGCGGGUGAGCACAUCAAGGUCUACUGCUUCAACCUUCAGUACAACUUCAACUUUGGGUCCAAGCUCAACCUUGCCAAGUAUGACAAGUUCAUCAAGUAUGACGUCCAAUGGCGGUGCAAUCGAACGCUGGAGCGAAAGUGUCUGCUGGCUGCGCUCAACCUCAACGAUGUGGAAGACGCCGAGAGCGAUCAGUUUGAGAUGCCUGUGGAGCCAAAGUGGAAGAUCUUCUUUGACUUCAUGCAGAUGGUGCGCAGCACAACUACUGCUCCGGUGGUCGAGGAGGACACCAAGCACGUCAAGGUGAACCAUGGAAUGAAGAAGUGCCACAACUGCGGGCAGUGCUGGCCGAAGAUGACGGUUCUUGGGAAUGUCAUGACGGUCGGGCUCCGCAACCAGGUGACAGUGUAUGUGGUGACGAUCGGGCUCCGCAACCAUUUGAUGAAGUAUGUGGUGACGGUCGGGCUCCGCUGCCAGUGCAUGGAAUGGCUUAUGAUGGGGCUCCGAUACCAGACGGUGAAUGUCCUGACGGUCGGGCUCUGCACCUACAUCAUGGAGAACCACCUCACGGUCGGGCUGAGCAGUUGCGUGGUGAACUCUGUCCUCAAGAUCGGGCUUCGCAACUACAACAUGGAGAAUGUGGAGACGCUCGGGCUGCAUGGAGCACUAUGUGGUGAUCUUCCAGGCGACGGUCUUCAAGAUGAUGUGGAGUCCACGUCACUGCCAACAAGGGUGACGGUGGAUGAUCCUCAACAUGGGAUGUACCCUGGCUGGCCGGGCCGUGGCAAGGGGACGGGGAAACCAACUCCUCGGUCGCAGCCGCCGCCACCGCCGCCACCGCCACCGCCACCAAGGGCCGGUGGGGAAGGGAUGUUCCGACCUUUUCCAGCUCAAGGACUACCUGGUGUGGCACAGGGGCAGUUCUAUCGACCUGUCCGUGUGGAGCUCACUGUGGGAGGAGUGCCAAUGGUGGGAUACCGUCAAGGGAUCCCUGGUGUGGACUACUCCAUCGAGCUCACAAUGCGAAAACCUGAUCAACCAGAUCAACGUCCUGCAGCUGAACCACCAAUAGUGGGAAAAAUGGGCACUACAGCUGAGGACCUCACGGUGGAGGAGACGUCGUCUGAUGUUGAAGUGGUGCGUCCAACGAAGGGCUUCAAGAUUCAAGAGAAUGUCAUGGCGGUCGGGCUUGGCAACCACCCGCUGGAAAAGAUCAUGGUGUCUGCGUAUGUCUGGACACUCGGGCUUGGCAUCUUCAUGAUGGUGAAUGUCAUGGCUCUGGUGUAUGUCUUGAUACUCGGGCUGAGCAUCUUCAAGGAUGUGUAUGUCUUGGCGCCGGUGAAUGUCCUGACGCUCGGGCUUCGCAACCAUGUGAUCCAGUAUGUGGCGACGCUUGGGCUCCGCUGCUGUGCUGUGCGACCUGCCACCUUUGGGCUCCGCGACCAUCUCUUGGGCUUGCUCCGAGGUAGCGAUGAUCGGUACGAUGACCGGUACGAUGAAAAGUACGAUGAUGUGGGGCUACUUCAUGGACGAGCUCUACAACAUCUUUGUGGUGAAGCCUUGCUGGGCUUCAAUGGUGCUGCAAGGGACACGCCUGGUCCCGGGGGAGCUGAAACGCUGGAGGAGAUCUAUGGCUGUGAUUGGGCCGCUCUACUUCCUGGACAUCAAGGACCAGCUGCUCUUCCUGGCCGUGGGAUGUUCAACUGUUUUUGGGCUUUUCUCAUCCUCAUGCAGCAUCAAUCGGGUCCAGCAGGAUCAAAAAAUGAUGAGUUUUUGCAGGGUUCAGGUGCCCAGCUGAAGAUCCAAGUUCGCAGUGUGAACACUAGCCUUGAAGGGUCAAAAUCUUCAGCUGGCGCUGAGAGCCGAGUAGCCGUAGCACCGGUGGAAGGCAUGUCUGCCUACGGUGGUAGUUGUAGUGGUAGUUUUGUAGCUGCCAUGCUCUUCGCUCUGCCGACGUUGGUGGCGGGACAGCCUGGUGAUGGUGGUCGCCGUGACCAAGAUGGAGACUUUGGGGCAUACCUGUUCUUCCUCGUGCUGCUGGCGGGCUACACUGCGAUGGUGAUCUUGGGAGUGCUGGCAUGCAUCUGGUGCCAACAGCUCCAUGGAGAAAGACGACAGGUUGGAGGAAAGGGCGCUGGAAAGGGACGUGCCUACUCCAAUCGAGAAAUGGAGAAUGGUAUGGGAACGAUGAGAAGGAGGACCACCGGGAGCUCUUCACGGGGUUCUGGUGAUGGUCGAACUACGUCGCCGGCCUACUCGGAAGCGGAUGGGCCGCCAAUUCAAGACCCGGAGAGGGAGCCUUUCAAUUUGUGGCGCUCUCCUGACGAGUUCGAGGAGGAUGACAUGCCUGCCAUCCCCGAGGACUACGUGCCUACGCCAAGUACUCCUGACCACUGGGUGCCGAUGAGCACGCGCAUCCAAGAACGACGUGAUCGAGCUGAAGAUGCACGUGGUGGAAAGGGGAAGGGAAAAGAAAAAGGAAAAGAGAAGGGGGGAAGAGAGAUCUUCCGGCCUGGCCAAGGGGCGCGACUUCGCCCGGCUACGCCCUCUCCUUCGGUCUGCCUGGCCGAGGAGAGCCAAGAAGAGACUUCAGUGGCCUCCACGCCUGGGACUGCUGAUGUCACGCCUGAUGAGGAGGAGGAGGAGGAGGCCGACCCGACCAUUCCGUUCCCUCAUGGAGCGAAAGCACCUCCGGCAGCCUGGAUGCAAGGACAACGUCCACCAGGGCAGCCGCAGGAUCCUUUCCCACAACAGCAGGGCCUACAGGGGCCUCAAGCGAUGCAACAGGGGCCAAUUGGGCCUCAGCCACAACGUGAACCUCAAGGAGCUGAAGGGGCGACACCAAAAGCCGCUCCGGCUUCAGAAGGGGUGACACCAAAAGCCGCUCCGGCUGCAGGCAGCACGGCAUCACAGGCCGUUUAUGCUGCUGCUGCUGCCGAUGAUGAACCUCGUGGGGGCGACCAGGCAGAGCCAGCUGGCGAGCCAGGUUUGCCAGAUGAUGGGCCACGGCGGGGUGAGUCUGACGAGGUACCCCGGCCGACCAUCUACACAGCCGCUUUUGGCACGGUCUAUCAUGUGAGGCCGAGCUGCGGAAAGCUUCGAUGUGCGUCGCGCAUCUUCAGGCAUGAGGCUUUCACACCUUGCCCAUGCGAGCCGCUACGACGUGGUGGGAUGAUCUACAUCCUGGACAACAGGUACCACACUGUGAACCACAGUGGCUUCCCUAUGAGCAGGUUGGACUUGCUCCGCUGCAGCUUCGAGGCCUCAACCAAUUGGGGGAUUCCAGGGUGA